CUGCCGCAGGGCGGUGUGCUGCUGUGCUUGUAUCGCCGCUUCCGGCCGGCAUGCGGAUUCGGCUCCUCGGGGCUUUGAAAGGAGGCAGGCGUCGCCGGGGAGUCUGAGAAGCCCUCCUGUUCUCCCAUUGCGUGGAGCGGAGGGUUCGUUUCUUUGCAGCUGGGUGGCCGGGGUGGUGCAGCAGCCAUCAGACCUUCUGCAGGCGGUGAGGAAGAAACCUGGGAGGGGAGAGAAGCGAGGAGAAUCUUUUCGUCGCCCGCUGAUGUCACAUAGGGAACCUUGUCUUGCAGCCCCUUAAGUCCCUGCUUCUCCCCCUUUGCAGAAGAGAGCAUGCUCUUGGCCAGACGGUAGCUGGUGAGGAAGCAGUGCCUUGAGGGAGGCCAGCGAGUAAAGCUGCCCUGCUGCCUGGAGCAGAGGUCCAGGUGAGCAAGUGCCCUUCUCCUGAAGAUUGGACCUUUCUGGGGGGGGAAAAAAGUGCAAAGGACGGAGCAUUGCUGGGGAAGGAGCGAGUGCUGAGGAGGCGAGUCCCUGGGCCCACGUUCCACGAUGUUCAGCUGGCUGGGUACUGACGACAGGAGGAGGAAGGACCCUGAGGUGUUUCAGACGGUCAGUGAGGGGCUGAAGAAACUCUACAAAACCAAGCUGCUCCCGUUAGAAGAAUACUACAAAUUCCAUGAGUUUCAUUCGCCAGCCCUGGAAGAUGCUGACUUUGAUAACAAGCCGAUGGUCCUGCUGGUGGGGCAAUAUUCCACCGGGAAGACUACCUUUAUCAGGUAUCUCCUGGAACAGGACUUUCCAGGGAUGCGGAUUGGACCAGAGCCUACCACAGAUUCCUUCAUUGCCGUGAUGCAGGGAGAUGUGGAGGGGGUCAUUCCUGGAAACGCACUAGUGGUUGAUCCAAAAAAACCUUUCAGGAAACUGAAUGCUUUUGGCAAUGCAUUUUUGAACAGAUUUGUGUGUGCCCAGCUGCCCAAUGCAGUACUAGAGAGCAUCAGUGUUAUCGAUACUCCAGGGAUCCUUUCGGGGGAGAAGCAAAGAAUUAGCAGAGGUUAUGACUUUGCAGCUGUCUUGGAGUGGUUUGCAGAGCGGGUUGACCGCAUCAUUCUCCUCUUUGACGCUCACAAGCUGGACAUCUCGGAUGAGUUCUCUGAGGUCAUCAAGGCCCUGAAGAACCAUGAGGACAAGAUGAGGGUGGUGCUCAACAAAGCUGACCAAAUUGAGACCCAGCAGUUGAUGCGGGUGUAUGGUGCCCUCAUGUGGUCCCUGGGCAAGAUUGUCAACACACCAGAGGUGAUCAGGGUCUAUAUUGGCUCCUUCUGGUCCCACCCACUGCUCAUCCCUGAUAACCGCAAGCUGUUUGAAGCAGAGGAGCAGGACCUGUUCAGGGAUAUUCAAAGCCUACCCCGCAACGCAGCCCUGCGGAAGCUGAAUGAUCUCAUCAAGCGUGCACGGUUAGCCAAGGUCCAUGCCUACAUCAUUAGCUCCCUAAAGAAGGAAAUGCCCUCGGUGUUUGGUAAAGACAACAAAAAGAAGGAGCUUGUGAACAACUUGGGGGAGAUCUAUGCCCGGAUUGAACGUGAGCACCAGAUCUCGCCAGGAGACUUCCCAAACCUGAGAAAGAUGCAGGACCAGCUACAGGCUCAAGACUUUAGCAAGUUCCAGCCACUGAAAAGCAAACUGCUAGAGACAGUGGAAGACAUGCUGGCAAAUGACAUUGCACAGCUCAUGGUGCUGGUACGCCAAGAAGAGUCCCAAAGACCUGUCCAGAUGGUGAAGGGAGGAGCCUUUGAAGGCACCUUGCAUGGUCCAUUUGGACACGGCUAUGGGGAAGGAGCAGGAGAAGGAAUCGAUGAUGCAGAAUGGGUGGUAGCCAGGGACAAGCCCAUGUACGAUGAGAUCUUUUACACGCUCUCACCUGUUGAUGGUAAAAUCACUGGGGCCAAUGCCAAGAAAGAGAUGGUGAGGUCCAAGCUGCCUAACACUGUGCUGGGCAAGAUAUGGAAACUGGCUGACAUCGACAAGGAUGGGAUGCUGGAUGAUGAAGAGUUUGCCUUGGCCAAUCAUCUCAUAAAGGUCAAGUUGGAGGGUCAUGAGCUCCCAAAUGAGCUUCCCUCCCAUCUCCUCCCUCCUUCCAAGAGAAAACUAACAGAGUGAAGGAGAGGUCACCAGAGCAAGAGGGGAGGGAAAAGAGGGAGGUCCAGAGAUGCAAGUUUACUUAAAUUAUACUGCUAGAUGUGAAAUCACCUUUUGGAUUUAUAAUGUUGUUCAUGUAUAAAGGAAAACCUAAAGUAAAACAACAGCUCAACCCUUUCUCAUGAUAA